CAGAGAAUCAAGUGUGACGUCAUUCGCGUCAAGGAAUUCGUUGAAAUCCAUGACGUCAUACGACUCGACAUCUUCCUUCAACGAUUCUUUUGCGUCGUUUAGUUUGAACGGCUCUGUGACGUCACUAUCAAUGCGCGACUCUUCGCCAACGCUGUCUCUGUCUAUGACGUCAAACGACCUAAAGUCGGCGUUGGCGAAGGCGGAAAUGACGAAAUCUAAAAACAAACCGGAAGUAUCCAAAUCCAAAAACAAAAACGCAAUUCCCACGAAAAAGAAAUCAAACAUUUUCAAAUUUCCUUUUCGGAAGUCGAAGACGUCACAACCGUCGCAGUCGAAACGUCGCAGCUCGGCAGCGGACAUCAUGGACGGCGGGAGGAGUCGGGAGGUUCGAUCGCAAAGCCUCAACAUCAACCAGGAUCAAUUAUUGGAGGAAAUUAUGAGAGAUAACCAAACACUGAGGCUGGAGGUCCGCGGCAAAGAGGAAGAGGUUCGAAUGUUAAACGCUUCCAUCGACCAAUCCAACCAAACGUGGGAAGCCAAAGUGAUGAAGUUACAACGGGAUGUGGAGCAUGGAAAGAAGAGAUGCGAGGAACUUAUCAAACAAGUCAAUCAACAUCACAUUAAUACCAAGCAACCUGUGCGGGUACCAGUGGCUUCCGCGACGUCACCAGGAUCGCCGAAAUUAAGCACAGUGACGUCAUCAGAAGUGACGUCGGAGAUGACACCACCCAGGAAGCGACACGGGGUUAGAGAACCUCCAUCUAGAAGGGGAAUCGUCGCGACUUCGUUUCAAAAGACACCGGAAGUGAUGAAACGAUUACGUCACGCCCUCAUGUCCAGCAAGUGUUUGUCGCAACUUCCGGAGGAUGACGUCACCAAGUUGAUUGACGUUAUGAAAUUCAAGAAAAUCAACAAAGGAGAACGUUUGAUGCAGGAGGGGACAUUAGGUCAAGCUUUCUACGUCAUGAAUGACGGGGAGUGUCGGAUUUACAAGAAGUCUGAUGACGUCACACUUACGUCAUCAACGGGAAUUCCUGUCAACCUAUGGACUGUAUUUGGUGACGUAGACGUGUUCUACCAUUCACCGCGUGUGUGGUCGUGUAAAUGCGUGCGGCAAGGAUCGGUGUGGUUUGUUACGCGUGAAGAGUUUCGAGCGGUUGUAUCGCGGCAAGACCAACUGUCGCGCAAGAAAGAAACUUUCUGUUUCCUAAAAUCGAUCCCAGCGUUCCAGAAACUUGAACGAAGUCGACUUAAGCGGAUUGUCAAUUGUUCCAAGCUCGAGCAUUACGGACGAGGUGAUUACGUCAUACAACAAGGAUCCAUUGUUUCGUCUGUUUACGUCAUAAAGGAGGGAGAAGUUCAUGUGUCGAGAUUAAUCGACGGAACCGAAACAUUACAACACGUUUUACGAAAAGGACAAUGGUUUGGUGACGUCAUCACGGGAAAACGUCAUCCCAACAACGUCAUCGCAGCCAGCAAUGACACGGUCCAAUGUGUGCUCAUACCCAUUAUGGAGGUGGCUGACGUCGCAGAUCUCAUGAGGUCAUCAAAUGGUGACGUCACGGAUGUCGAUUCGACAUUAACGAAACGAUUUCUGGACCUUGACGCGAAGGAAAUUCUCCAGCUUUGA